GGACUCCCCACUUGAGAACUUUCUCUCCCUCCCCUUUUAAGACGGCCGUUGUUCCACCCCCCUUUUGACCACAGACUCGCGAUCUCCUACACUGCAUCAUGGCGUCCACUGAGGAUCCCAUCGCUCCUGUUGCUCCCGCUGAGGUUGCCGCCGACAUCGCGCCCCCCGCUACUCCCGUCGAAUCAACCGUUCUUUCCGGGAGCGAGGGACCCCUGACGAGCCCCGAUGUCUCCAGGGACAAGGAGAACGUCAAGGCAUCGCCAGUCAAGAAGAGCCCGACAAGCACGACCACCGCCACCAGACGUCCGCUCUCGGGCACUACUACCGCUACGAAACGUCCCAGCUCGGUGUCCGGACCUCCUAAGACUACCACCUCGACCUCGCGCACCUCCACCACCAAUGGGACUACCCUGAACAAGCCACCCACUCGGCCUACCACCACGACUACCGUGCGCAAGCCCCUUGGGACAACCACCACCACUGCAAGUUUGCACCGGUCUCGCGCCUCGGUCAGCAGUUCAGCGGAUGAGAAGACCCGGUCGGUGGCCAGCUCUGGAGAUGAGAAGCGAGGGAUCUCCAGCGCAGCCAAGCGCAUGUCGCUGGCCGGUACACCCGCCACGAGGGCUCCCGUCAAGUCCAGCACAUCCACCUUGGAUCGACGCUCCAGCAUUGCGGGUUCUACCACGGCCGACAAGAGAUCCUCUACCUCGCGUCCCAGUACCGCAUCCACUGUAAAGCCGCUCGCACGACCACCUACGGCUACGUCGACCUCUCGCCCGACCACGUCCUCCUCUGCCACGGCACGCCCAACCACCCGUCCCGCUUCCUUGGUCUCGAAAUCCACCACAUCCACCGCGUCAAAGCGUCUAAGCACUGCUCCGAAAAGCACCGGAGAGGAUGCGGACAAGAUUCAAUCCCUUCAGAACCAGCUGUCCGAGAGUGAGGCCGCAGUUUCCAAGCUCAAGGCAGAUUUGGACGCGGUGAACAUCAAGUUGACCGAGUUGUCGUUGGCUCCCAAUGAGACUGCUUCCCAGGAUAUCGAUGAGGCCACCAGAGCGCUCCGAGAGCAACAUACAGCGGAAAUUGAGAAGCUAGCGGCUGCGCAUGAGGAACAGCUGCAGGCGCUGCGCGCUCAGCUCGAAGAAGCUGAGAUCAAGCACAAGGAGCUCGAGGAAAAGUCUCUGAAGGAUCUAGAGGAGGCUUCUCAAACAGCUGCUGCCAAGGGAGACGAUGAGACUGCCACCACCCUGGUAGAGUUGAAGCAGGCUCAUCAGGCCCAAUUGGAAGUGCUCGAGAAAGAGCUAGAGCUGCAGAAGGCUGCGGUUGCUGGAUAUGCCGAGCAACUCGAUGCCUUGAGGGCUGAGUUGGAAGUGCAGAAGAGCCAAUUCGAGGAUGUUACUCAAGCCUUGGAAGCGAAGGCCACUAAACUUGACGACCUCCAGCGGGAACUGAACGGUCGGGACCAAGUGGUGGAAACCUUGCACAUGGAAAUGGACCGCCUCAACCAUGCCAAGGAACAAGAGGCUCGAGCGGCCGAGGAAGCUGCUAAGCGAACUAUUGCUGCCCUGGAGGACAAGGUUGCCUCGCUCGAGACGAAGCUGGCCGAAGCUGGAUCUGUGACUGACCAUAGUGGCGAGGACACUGCUGCCCGCCUGGCUGAGAAGGACCAGACAAUUACUGAGCUGAAGGAAGCCCUCACGAAGGCUCAGGCCGAACUUGAACAGGCUCGCGAAUCUGCGGAGAAUGCUCUAGCCGAGAAGAUCAAGGAGCUUGAAGCUGCCCACGAGGCCGCAGCUGCCAAACUUCAGUCCGAGCAUCAAGAUAUUCUCGAAAAGGUACAGGUCGAGCUCCAGGAGGCACGCGACACUACUGAGACCGGUCUGGGAGAGAAGGCCAAGGAACUUGAAGCUGCCCACCAGGCUGCAAUCACUCAGCUGCAGCUUGAGCAUGAAGAGACUCUCAAGAAGGUGCAAGCCGAGCUCCAGAAGGCCCGCGAGGAGACCGAGACCGGCAUGGGCGAAAAGUCCAAGGAGCUCGAGGCUGCCCACGGGGCUACGGUUGCCCAGCUUCAGCUCGAGCAUCAAGAAACUCUUUCGAAGCUGCAGGCUGAACUUCAACAGGCACGCAAUGACACUGAAACCGGCCUGGGAGAAAAGGUCAAGGAGCUCGAGGCCGCCCACGAGGCCGCGAUCGCUAAGCUUCAGUCUGAGCAUCAAGAGACCCUGGAAAAGGUACAGGCUGAACUUCAACAGGCACGCAGUGACACUGAGACCGGCCUGGGAGAAAAGGCCAAGGAGCUCGAGGCCGCCCACGAGGCCGCGAUCGCUAAGCUUCAGUCUGAGCAUCAAGAGACCCUGGCAAAGGCACAGGCUGAACUUCAACAGGCACGCAGUGACACUGAGACCAGCUUGGGUGAGAGAACUAAAGAACUCGAGGUUUCUCAUGAGGCUACGGUUGCCAAGCUCCUGCUCGAGCAUCAGGAAGCUCUCGAGAAACUGCAGGCCGAACUUCAAGAGGCGCGCAACACUACAGAGACAGAUAUGGGUGAGAAGGCCAAGGAGCUUGAAGCCAUUCAUGAGGCUGCGCUCGUUAAGCUCAAUUCUGAACAUGAAGAAACCAUCGCCAGUCAUAAUGCCACAAUCGCCGAGUUGAAGGCCAAACACGAUGAAGCCCUUGCCUCUGCUGCUGCUGCCCACGCCCAAGAACUUGCGAUUGCCAAGGAGGCGGUUGAGUCUGCUGGCACCACCCACUCUCAAGAACUUCAGGAACUUCGUGACAAACUGCAGGCAUCCGAAGCCGCCUACGCAGCCUCCACCGCCGCGGCGCAGGAGGAACGCGAGGAACUGCUUGCCGAGCUUGAUGCUGCGCAUCAAGCUGAAUUGAAUGCUCUUCGGCAACGGUUGGAGGCGACGGAGCAGAACCUCACCGAGGUCCGACAGGCUAUGGAUGAUGGUGCUAACUCGGCGCAGGAUCUAGCCAUUCAGGAGAUCGAGUCGCUCAAGGAAAAGGUGGGCGCGCUCGAAUCACAGCUGUCCACCGGCCAGGGUGAGAUCAAGUCCCUCCAGGAUGAGAUCCAAACCAAGCAAGGACAGGCCGAGGCGCUCCAGCAGAGUCUGGAUGCUUUCGAAAACAAGACCAAAGCUAAAGAUGCCACGCAACAAAGCCAACUGAAGUCCCUGGAGGAGGCUGCUGCCGCGGCCGGAAAGGAGCUGAAAGAUAAGGUCCAAGAGGCCGCCGCUGUUGCCGAACAGCACGCGCAGACGCUCGAAUCGCUUCGGGCCGAACACGCUGUCGAGCUGGAGAAGGCUCGGACCGAUGAUUCUGGAAACAAAGAGGAGGCGCUCGGCGAGUUGCAGAUCAAGUACGACGAAUCCGUGGCUAUGCUACGUGAUCUGGAAUCCAGGCACGCCCAGCAGAUGGAUUCUCUCCAAGCAGAGCUCAAUGCGGCCCUUCAGCGUCACGCCAACGAGAUCACGUCACAGGCUGAAGUUCGCGCCCAGGAGAUCGCUGAGCUCCAGAAGCAGCAUGAGGAGACCCGAGCGCAGCUCCAGGCUGAGCUGCAGACUAGCCAGGCCUCCAAGGCUGCCGAAUCGGAUGCAGAGCACAGCAAGGCGAUCGAGCAGCUGCUGACCAUUCAGGAGGAAAAGCUUGCCAACCUCCGUGCUGACCUCGAGUCAACGAACCGGGCUAAGAUCGAAGAACUACAAAAGGCUCACGAUGCGGCUCUGGCAGAGGCUCACGCUCAGCUGGAGGAGGCUCACGCUGCUGCUCAAGACGCUUCCAUUCUGGAGAGCCUGAAGCUGACCAUUGCAGACCUUCAGGGCAAGCUGACGGAAGCGGAGCGGUCUGCUGCGGUGAGUGGUGAGCUUGCUGGUAAGCAUAGCGCCGACCUUUCCAAGGUCGAGGCUGAGAAGCACGAGCUGGAGGAGAAGCACCAAGCCGUGUUGGCGCGGGCCGAAGAACUCGAGAAGACUCUGGCCGCUUCGCAAGGCGCGAAAUCGGAGUUGGAGGCAGUCUUGCAACAGCUUGCGGCAUCCAACCACGAACUGUCGCAGCUCAAGAGCCAGCAGGAGUCUCUCACGGGCGAGCUCGAGCAAUUCCGUUCGCAGAACCGGAGCAUGGAGGAGCGUGUCCUCCAGGGCGAACGUGACCUGAACAGCCAGAUUGACAAGAACAUGUCUCUCCUCAACCAGCUCGGCGAGGUAGACUCGAUGAUCUCGGCUAGUCGCAAGCGCACACGGGAGUUGGAGGCGGAAGUAGCGGCGCUGAAGGCCGAGAGGGACCAUGCCAAGGGCUCGUCGGCUGGCCUGGAUGGCAGCCGGCGGGCUGGAGAGACCCUUGCCAGAGAAGACGGUGGUUCCACCGCAGUCGAAGGUGAGGACCUUGGUUCAUCUAUUCAGGGAACGGUGGGAUCUCCCCGUUUAUCGUCAUCACCGUCUCCUACGGGACUGCCCCAAUUCCACCCUUUCACCUGACCACGCCCGUUCCCAUUGUGUGUGCCGAGAUGGAUUGACUGAUUGGUUUCUUUGGGGAUUCGAUAGAUGGCCAGCAUCCAAGAGCAGCUUAAGCACAUCCGUACCACCAAUGACGACUGGUAUGACGAGCACCGACGGAUCCUUGGCGAAUUGGCCGAGUUGUCCCGCCGGGCGACGCCUAACCCUCCGAGCCAGUCUACGACGCCGCAACCCGAGAGAUCGAACGGCACCAGCAGCAGUCCGGACGAGCAGGGGAUUGAGGAAGGAUUCUCUUGAACGGGGAGCGAAGAGUCUGGUCUUGGGGGAGGAUGACACUAUUUCCUUUGUCGUAUGAUGUCCGAAAGAGGAAUU